CAUACAAAUUCUUCACGGUUUCUCGUUCCAAAAAAAAUAAAAAAAUAAAAAUCUACGGAUUUUCUCUCUCUAAAACAUUUUCAUCCAUGGCGUCGGCCGCGAGAGAGGGACACUACAGGGGAGUGAGAAAGAGGCCAUGGGGUCGUUACGCAGCCGAGAUUCGAGACCCAUGGAAGAAGACCCGUGUCUGGUUAGGCACUUUCGACACCCCAGAAGAGGCCGCCUUGGCCUACGACGGCGCUGCUCGCUCUCUCAGAGGUUCCAAGGCCAAGACCAACUUUCCGCCCCCCUCCACCGCCCUCUCUCUCGACCUCAACUUGCCCUCCGACCACCACCGCUGGCCCUCGCCCUGCGCCCGCCUCCUCGCCGCCGGCUCCUCUGUCAUCGCUGGCCGUGUGUCCGGCGAAGCUCCUCCGUUGCCGGAAAGUUCGCCUACGGCGGCGUAUUUUGGGAUUAUGAGACGUGGGUUGCCUGUGGAUUUGAACGAGCCACCGCCGUUCUGGCUGGGUUGACAUUGCAGUGGAUGUACGACGUCGUUUGGAGUAAUCUCUGUAUUUUUCGAAUCGUUUUCUCGUGAUGUUUUAACGUUAGACAGACAGAGAAAGUAAUGAUUUGUGUAUAAAUAUUUUCGAGUUCAUGCUUCGAAGAUACGGAAGAGUUUUCUGCUUUUAUCCAAACAUUUUCAUGCAUAUAGUAUAUAUGUAUGAAUCUAUGCAUGUAUAGAUAGUUUUUCCACUUAAUCCGAAUGAUUAUAUAGUACUUGCUCUAAUUUAA